AUGGGCAAGUCAGCUUCAAAACAGUUCAAUAAUGAGGUCCUGAAAGCGCAGAAUGAGUACUGUCAGCAGCACGGUGUCCCUCCGCUAAAGCUCUCCAAGAAGCUCAACCGAGAGGCUCAGCCAUACCCCGAAGCCCUGACCAGCACAAGGAUCCGCAAACACAGCCCAGAAUCCAGUCGCUGUCAGUGUGGGGAGAACCUGGCAUGGGCAUCCUACCAUCAGACAGGAAAGGAGGAGGCCGACAGGUGGUACAGGCAUUUUACGGCCAUGGUGUGGAAGAAUACUAAGAAGAUGGGUGUGGGGAAGGCAUCAGCGAGCGAUGGGUCCUCCUUCGUGGUGGCCAGAUAAUUCCCAGCCGGCAAUGUUGUCAA